UUUAUCAUAUUAUUAAGUCAUUCGAAUUUCUUCCUUUCUUCGAAGAUCUCCGGUAGAAAAUUAGAGAGGGAAAAUGUCUGGGCGAGGAAAGGGAGGCAAGGGUUUGGGAAAGGGUGGAGCCAAGAGGCACAGGAAAGUCCUGAGAGAUAAUAUCCAGGGAAUCACGAAGCCGGCGAUUCGCCGUCUGGCUCGCAGGGGUGGUGUCAAGAGGAUCAGUGGCUUGAUCUAUGAGGAAACCAGAGGUGUGUUGAAGAUUUUCUUGGAGAACGUGAUUCGCGACGCUGUAACCUACACCGAGCACGCAAGGAGAAAGACGGUCACCGCUAUGGAUGUCGUGUACGCCUUGAAAAGGCAGGGCAGAACUCUCUAUGGUUUCGGCGGUUAGAUUUGUUCUUGCUAUAAGAUUGGCCUCCUUAGGGGCGCUAGAUGGUGGUGUUUAGAGUUCUUUGCUUCAGAUCUGGUUCAUAUGUUUGUUGUUGCUAGACUGUUGAUCUGUCAGUAAUUUGUAAACUCCAAUUUCAAGUUAUAGAAUAUCGUUUGACUCAAAAUCUUCAGUUUAACCAGUUGAUUUUAUGUUUUAGCUCUUUGGUCUGCUAUUUUAUUCCUUUUGAAAUUGCUGUUAAUGUAGAAAGGUAAUGUUGAACUGCAGCAAAUAGGAAUAUAUCAGAUGAAGAGGU